AUGAAAAAUCACGAGAAUCGUCCUACUGGAUCUACACCAGUUCCUAAAGUAAAUGAGGUGUGCGCCCACCACGCUGGGCGUGGAAGAGGUCGUGGACAUGGUCGUAAUUAUGACCAAGAGAGAAAUCAUUUUCUAGGUGUUAAUCAUUCACCAAAGAAAAAUCACUAUCAAAGGGGAAAAGGAAAAGAUGAGAAACGUGAAACAGUUAAAACUAAUUAUUUUCGAUGUGGUGAAAGGGGUCAUUAUGCACGUGAUUGUCGUACUCCUAAACAUUUGGUUGAGCUUUACCAAGCAUCACUAAUAAAGAAGGAUAAAAAUCCUGAAGCUAAUUUUAUCACUGAUCAUGUUGACAUCACACACUUGGAUGUAGCAAAUUUCUUCACACACCCUGAAGGAAAAAUAGAUCACUUGAUUGGUGACGGUUCGGUGGAUAUGGAAGAAUAA